AUGAGUGUUCUUGCAAGUUGGAGACAAUCCGUCCAACGUCUACGCCGAUUGAAAUCUUACAUGGACGGCUCGAACUGCUGGCGACUUGUACUGGCAUGUCUUCUCACACCGCUGCCCUGUGUAGCCUUGGCAACACUGGUGGAAUCUGUACCCCUCGAUCCUCCUGAAGCCGGACCGUUUAAAAACUAUAUUUUCUGGAUUCGAGCGUGGAUCGUUACCGCGUUUGUGGAUUACUCGAUGGUCAUGCAAAUGAGUCAAAGUCUCGCACGACUGAAGAUGAAGCACAGCCACAUCGUGCUGAUUGCUCUAGUUGGAAGCAUUAUUUCUUUUGGUGUUGUGUUCGUCGUGGCUGUGUGGAUCUCAUUCCCUGUUCCGUUCAGUAUGCUUGUGGCUUCACCUCCAAGUGUGGUCGUUAUCUUGGUUAGUAUUGGAACUAUAUGGAGACAACGGUGGCGUUCUGAUGCAGCUCUGCGCCGAGACCUCGCAAGACAUACCAUGGUUUUCCUCUGUCAAGUAACAUUAACUUUCAUUUAUCCUCUGUACAUCUUCGGUUUCUCCUCCGUCAGCGGUAUACGGCAACUUUUCUAUGUGCUUAUGCUGCCAGUUAUCAAGUCAGCGAGUAGGAAUUGGAUCGGCUAUACCCUAGCCGGCCAAGACGAUAUCAAACCCGAAGUUGUUAUAUUCAAUGUCGAAGUUUUCAAUGCCCUUUACGUGUCGUCAGCUGUCCAAAACUCGUCAUCACUCGGAACAACGAUAGCUCUUAUGCUCAUUGAUGUGCUACACUUUUGGUUUUCCAUGCGUGGCACUAUUGGAGCUCUAAAGAAGAUCGCGCCGAGUCUCACGAACAGCUACGGAGGCGGUUGA